UAUUUGGAGUUGUGUCAGUCGCAGAUGAAGAAAAGUUUUUUUCUUGUUCUUGAACUUGUGAUUAACAGCAGAGCUCUUUGGUCAGACAGGCUGCGUCCUCACAGAGAGUCCGCACUAGGAUGGGUGCUCUCCCGGCGCAGAGGAAACUAUGGAUGUGUGUUUUGAUCUUUACAGGAAUAACAGCAGUUUGCGGUUCAAAUGUCUGCACCUCUAGAGGGGCCAGCACAUGCAAGCAGUGUCUGGCUGUGCACCCCAGCUGUGCGUGGUGCUUCCAAGAGGAUUUCGGUCAUGGGGUUGCCAGCUCUUCUCGUUGUGAUCUGAAGAGUAACCUGGUGGCAGCGGGCUGUGCUUCAUCAGCUCUGGAGUCUCCAACCAGCAAACUGCAGGUGAUCGAAGACCGACCCCUCAGCAACAAAGCAGCAGGGGCCACGCAGGAUGUCACCCAGAUCAAGCCCCAGAAUCUCCACAUCACCCUCAGGCCAGAUGAUGCCAAGCGCUUCACAGUGAAAGUGCGUCAGGUAGAGGACUACCCUGUGGAUCUCUACUACCUCAUGGACCUCUCUUACUCCAUGAAUGAUGACCUCUUCCGUCUGAGGACGCUGGGAAAAGGCCUGGCAGAGGCCAUGAACCGUACCACCAGCAACCUGCGCAUGGGGUUUGGGGCUUUUGUGGACAAGCCACUUUCACCUUACAUGUACAUCUCCCCCAAAGAGGCUGUGAAGAACCCAUGCUACAGCAUUAACACCACCUGUCUGCCCCAGUUUGGCUACAAGCACGUUUUGUCUCUGACGGAGAAAGUGGGCCGCUUCACAGAGGAAGUGAAGAAGCAGAUGGUAUCUAGGAACCGAGAUGCCCCAGAGGGAGGCUUUGAUGCCAUCAUACAGGCUGCUGUGUGCAAGGACCAGAUCGGCUGGCGCCCUGGUGCAUCCCACCUCCUCAUCUUCACCUCAGAUGCAAAGACUCAUGUGGCUCUGGAUGGUCGCCUGGCUGGUAUCGUACAGCCCAACGAUGGACAGUGCCACCUCAACUCUGACAACAUGUACAGCAUGUCUACCAUAUUGGAUUACCCAUCUCUGGCUUUGAUCACAGAAAAGAUGUCAGAGAACAACAUAAACCUCAUCUUUGCUGUCACCAACCCUGUGGUUGCUCUAUACCAGAACUACAGUGAGCUGAUUCCUGGCACCACAGUAGGAACUCUGUCCAAUGACUCAGGCAAUGUUAUUCAGCUCAUACUGAAUGCCUACGCUAAAAUUCGUUCCAGGGUGGAGUUGGAGCUUCAAGGUGUCCCGGAGGAGCUCUCUCUGUCCUUUAACGCCACCUGUGUGAAUGGUGAGGUCAUCCCUGGCCUCAAGUCCUGCUCUGGACUAAAGAUCGGAGACACGGUCUCUUUUAGUGUGGAGGCCAGAGCUCGUGGUUGUCCCAAACAGAAGAAAAAAACCUUCAUAAUCAAGCCUGUAGGUUUCAAGGACUCCCUCUCCAUCACAGUCACCUUUGAGUGCGACUGCAAGUGCCAGACCAAAGCCCAGCCCAACAGCCCGAAGUGUAACCAUGGCAAUGGCACCUAUGAGUGUGGCAUCUGCCUGUGCCACCCAGGUCGCUUGGGACCACACUGUGAGUGUGCCGAGGGCGACUAUAAUCCCACAGAGCAGGACCGCUGCAGUGGGCCAGCGAGCUCCAGAGGGUCCCAGUCUGUGAUUUGCAGUGGCCGUGGGGACUGUGUGUGUGGCCAGUGUGUGUGUCACAGCAGUGACUUUGGCAAAGUCUGGGGCAAACUGUGUGAGUGUGAUGACUUCAACUGCCUGCGCUACAAGGGAGAACUGUGCUCAGGCCACGGUGUCUGUAACUGUGGCUUCUGCCAGUGUGCACCAGACUGGCAGGGUGAGAACUGUAACUGCUCCAGACGUACUGACACCUGUAUGUCCAGCCUGGGUCUGCUGUGCAGUGGCAGGGGCCAAUGUGUGUGUGGGGCCUGUGAGUGCACUCAGCCCGGUGCCUACGGGGCCACAUGUGACAAGUGCCCCACCUGUCCUGAUGCCUGCACCAUGAAGAAGGAGUGUGUGGAGUGCAAACACUUCAAAAGAGGCAAGCUGUUUGAAGACAACACCUGCUCUCGAAUCUGCAAGGAUGAAAUUAAGCUUGUGGAUGAAUUAGUACUUCAUGAUACAAAUGCUGUGAACUGCACUUACAAGGAUGAGGAUGACUGCGUUGAACGUUUCCAGUACUAUGAGGACGCCAGUGGCAAGUCCAUCUUGUAUGUCGUCAAAGAGCCAGACUGUCCCAAAGGUCCAGACAUUUUGGUGGUGCUUCUGUCAGUGGCAGGAGCCAUUUUAUUUCUUGGCUUGGCGGCUCUGCUUAUCUGGAAGCUGCUGGUUACCAUCCAUGACAGACGGGAGUUCGCCAAAUUUGAGGAAGAACGGGCUCGUGCAAAGUGGGACACAGGACACAAUCCUCUCUACAAAGGAGCUACAUCCACCUUCACGAACAUCACGUACAGAGGAAAAGACUGAUGCUACUGAAUUGGGAUGAAAUAGACUUUUACUGUCCUUUGUGGGAAGGCACAGAAUCAUGUGCAGGUCUCUACUGUCACAAGACAAUAAAUGAUAAUUAAUUAUUAUAUUUGUAAAUAUGUAGAAAUGAUUCUGAGGACAUAUUUUAUCAUGGAUUUGUCAUAAACACCCAUUCAUACUACACUGAGACAUAUGAUCUUGUUUUGAUCUAGUGUGAUUG